GGAGAGCGGCGUCCCAGUUCCCGGCUCCUGGGAAGGGGAACCAUGCUCGGCCAGGACGGCGGCCUCUCGCUGACCAUUGCCCAGGUCGUACAGAGGCUGAAGGGCUCCGGACUCCACGCCCAGCUGGAGCGACAGGCCCGGCUCAGUCUGCACAAUCCAGAAAUUAAGCUAGAAUCCUUGAAGGAAGAUAUUAAGGAAUUUCUGAAGACAUCAGGAUGGGAAAAGAAGCUGCAAAAUGCUGUUUAUAGUGAACUCAGUGUGUUCCCUUUACCAUGCCACCCAUCAGCUCCUCCUGAACACACCAAAGAAUCUUUGGCUUACAUGAGGAAAGCCCAGGGAAACUGGGAAAAACGCAUUCUGAAGAGCCUAAAUAGUAUGUGUACAGAACUCGGCAUUCCAUUAGCACAAAAGAGAUCAAUCAAUGAGCAAAAGGAACUUCUAAGUAAAUGGAAUGAAAUGGGAACAGAUGAGCCAGAUCUAGUCUCUUCAGGCCGCGUUUAUGCACCUAAAGAUUUUCUUGAGGUAUUGAUGAACCUUCGCAAUCCGAAUUAUGAAAACAGUGAGCAGCCUAGUUUUAGAAACCACCUGGGGUUAAUUCAGGUGCCACUGAAAGUGAAGGACAUCCCUGAACUGAAAGAAUAUUUCAAUGAGCUAGACUUGAACACAGGCCAGCUGGAUAUUGAUGAUUCUGCACAUGUGCCUCCAGAACUCUUUGAAAAUGAACAUGUACGUAUUGGUCAGAAAGUUUUAAUACAGCAGGAUAGUGCAGCAGCUCAACAAUAUGUCCGGCAGGGAUGUCCAAAUUUGCUACGAGCCGAGUUGUGGGCACUGAUUCUGAACGUUUCUAGUCAACCCGAGGAUGUUUUGUACUAUGAACAAUUGAAGUCUAAUGUGAUUCAGCAUGACCUUUUGGUGGACAGUUUGAUUUAUAAAGAUGUGAAGCUGACAGCCAGCAAUGACGACUACUACUUUGUGUUUGAGGAUUAUUUAUAUCAGGUAUUACUUUGUUUUUCACGAGACACUUCAGUGUUGGAACACUUUGCAUACAAUAGUGCUACUCCACCCAAGUCAUACGUUCGAGGGAAACUUGGCAUGGAAGAAUAUGCUGUCUUUUAUCCACCAAAUGGUGUAAUCCCUUUCCAUGGCUUUUCAAUGUACGUUGCUCCACUUUGUUUCCUGUAUAACGAACCUUCCAAGCUGUAUCAGAUGUUUCGCGAAAUAUACGUGCGCUAUUUCUUCCGACUUCAUUCCAUCUCUUCUCACCCGUCUGGCAUUGUAUCAUUAUGUUUGCUGUUUGAAACCCUUCUCCAAACUCAUCUACCACAGCUGUUUUAUCACCUUCGAGAAAUCGGAGCACAGCCUCUAAGGAUAUCAUUUAAAUGGAUGGUACGAGCAUUCUCCGGCUACUUAGCUACAGAUCAGCUUCUGCUUUUGUGGGACAGAGUUCUGGGCUACAACUCUCUGGAAAUUCUUGCUGUCCUGGCAGCUGCUGUGUUUGCUUUCCGAGCUGUGAAUCUAAUGGAGGUGACAUCACUGGCUGCAGCUGAAGCUGUACUUGCUGAUCUUUCGACCCUGAAAGUUAUGCCUCUUCUUCAGAUUUUUCUGUUCGCCACCGGCACUUGAUGUUCCUCAGAGCUGCUGUGCUGCACUGCUAGACUUUCAUCAGACGCUAAUAAUAAACUAUGCAACACUUUCAUUAAAAUCAAGCUCAAACCUUAAUGGGCAGAAUUCUGCAAGAGUUAAAACUGCACUUCUCACCUGGAAACCCCCCCCCAAAAAAAAAUGCUUUUCGCAUAUCAAGUUAGCGCUGCUGCAUGCUGCUGAAUUUUAGCCAAACUGCGGUACCUGGAUGUAAUGCAAAUCACAUAACAGCCAAUCCACCUAAGUGAUAACCCCCAAAUGCAUGUACAAUUAAAUGCACCAAAAAGGAAA